UUCCUCCUCCUCCUCCAUGAUGGCGGCGGGCGCCGGCCCGGUGCGGCUGCGGCUGGUGUUCGAUCACCCUCCGCCGGCCAGCCCGGGCUGCGCGCUGUGCUGGCUGCUGCUGGAGCCGGGCCAGGCGCGGCUCGUCACCGACCUGCUGAGCCUCAUCCGCCACCGCUUCGGCUUCAGCCGCCGCGCCCGCCUCAGCCUCUUCCUCGAGGGGGCGCUGCUGCCGCCCGCGGAGAGCGCGCGCCUGGUGCGGGACAACGACUCGCUGCGAGUAAAAUUGGAAGAGAUAAUUGCAGAUGAUUAUGAAGAGAUAGAUGAUGGCUUUACAACAAAAGAAGACAAAAAAAGGCACAGACACAAGCAGGAUGAGGAAGAAUUCUCUAGGAAUGAAGGCAAGCAUAAAAGGAAAAAGAAAAAGGAGAAGCAUAACUUUGAGUAUUCCUCUUUUAGGGAAGAGACCUCUGUAGAUACUUGGGACUCUCAAAAAAGGUACACGAAAAGAAAAAGAAAGGAAGAAGUUAGUGGAAGAAAUAGACUUGCAGAAGGUAAGGAAGAGAGGUCUACUGUCCAUUCUAAAAAGAUGAAAAAGACAGAGAGGGAGAAGCAGUUGGCAACAAAAAAGAAGGACGAAAAGCAGACAAAGGUUGAUGCAGAAAAGAUGGCUUUAGAACGGGCAAAUGAGAGCUUUUCUGUAAAUUCUGGUAAAAAUAGCACAAAAAAGAUCACAACACAGUCCAGGAAAAAGAGGGUGGGAGCUUCAGAUUCCUCCAGCACAUCGUCUGACAGUGACAGCAGUGAAUUAAAUGUAAAGGAAAAUAAAUCUUCCCAUAAACCUGUAGUGGUGACACUUCCCAAAGACACAUCCCAAGCUGCCUCAGGUUCUGAUGUGAAAACUAAUAAAGUGACUGUAAAGUCUAACAUUGAAAAGACUAAGACUGCAAUAAAAAAAAAUGCUAAGAAACCUCAGUCCUCUAGUUCAGAUUCUGACUCGAGUACAGAGGAUGAGAAGGUGAUACCAGCACAAGACAGCCCUGCAAAGGAAAAAUCAGUGCCAAACCAUUUGGUGGCUGUAAAAGCCAGCACCAAGGCUCCCAAAGCAAAGAGCUCCUCUUCAGGCUCUGAUAGUUCAGAUUCAAACACACUUGUCAUUAAAAAAUCUGCGGCAGAUGCUGGACUGGGUAAUUCCAUAGCGAGGAACUGCACUAAACAGUUGCCAGCCAGUAUCCAAGGACCGUUUGCCAGCCCAGGCCGUGGAAGGGGGCGUGGAACAGGAGAGGAUAACUUCUGGAGAGGACCUAGGGGCCGUGGGUUUCGUGGGAUGAUGAGGGGCCAAGGCCAUGGGAGAGGAGCAAACCCUGGCUUCUUCUAUAACUACAGCAGUGAAGGCCAGAAACAGAGGCAGUUUAAUGAAGCUGUGACAAACACUUCUGUCCUUGUCCAGAAUCCCGUGGAGAUUCCCAAGAGAGACUAUAGUGUGUUACCUCUUCUAGCUGCUCCACCCCAAGUGGGAGAAAGAAUUGCUUUUAAGCGCCUGGAACUAAGUGAAAAUUACAGUCCUGAAGUUUCAGACUAUAAGGAGGCGAAAAUAAUCAGUUGGAAUGUUGAAAAAAAGCAGAUUGAACUUGAGAUCCUUUCAACAUCAGCAGGACAAUUUGCUAAGGAGCCAGGGAAAUUCGACCUGGUGUACCAGUCUGCAGACGGAGUGGAGCUCAUCGAGUACGCGGUGCCUCAGGACACCAAGAUAACUGAAAGCUGGGAUGCGCUGAUAGAGCCAAGACUGAUUGUGGAGCCUCCAGUUAAUGGAUCCAGCAUUGAAAAUGGAACCAUCUAGGAUGUCAAAAAAAUGUGAACAAUUGUACAGAUUUGUUCUGUGAAAUGCUGCCUUCUGGUUCUGAGGGUGGCAGGUGCACUGGUGGAUAUUACUGUCUUAAAAAGAAGUAGGCCAGAAGAAAACCACUUUUUUCCCUUAGGCUAUGUUUUUAUGUAAUACAUGAAAACUUUGUUUAUUAUAGGAAGUCUAAUAUAGAUCUGUUGGGUUUGAAUAUUUAUAUCCUACUGUAGCAAGCCACAGAACUGGAUUGGUUUGAUUAAAAGAUAAAACACAACCCUGUACUGCGAGUAACUAAAUGUCUGGGUUUGGCUAGAGCUGUAUAACUGCCAGGGGUCACUUUCAUUUAAAAAUUAAUUAUAAAUAUUGUUGAUGUGCAGAACUCCUCCUCUGCUGCUGCCAAGCAUCAUACAAAUGCUGUGACUUUGCAGUUACUUAAAGCGCUCACCUGAAAUGUCCAGAAAAGCCUGUGGAUUUCAAGCUUCUAUAAUUUUGAGGCAGAUAAAUAGUACUGGUAACUGCCAACUUAAAACCAGUGGAAUAUAACAUGAACCCCUGGCACAAUUGUGUCCCACUGUGUUAAUCUGUGUAGCCUCUGAAAGCCUUUAUUUUUUGUUUUAGACCAAACCUUCUUGCCCUGUAAGUGCUGAAGUUUCUGUGCUGCCUUUCUUCUUCCCUUUCCAGCAGCAGAAUGGGUCAUCAGGUCCUGUCAAGGCACUGCUGACAGCUCUAACAAUUAUUAGCAUUGAGGGGGGGCACCUUGUACCUCUGUAGCCUUGGCAAGUCUUACAGUUUUGGAUCAUCCCUGCCCUGAGUAGUUGACUCCUACAGAGAAGGCAUGGAAAAAAACAAACCCUAAAUACAAACAAACACCUAAAAAUUGUGCAUUAUGGUUUAGCUGUCAUGUACUCUGACCUAGUGCAUGAAUACAUUAAAAUACUGUGCAUUUUUCCAUCAGCCAUAUUAAAAUGUCUUGUUUGUGAAGGAAUCAUUUUUAUUCAAGUAAAAUUCAUUUGUGUAUUGUGGUUCUCUUCAGAUGCCAUUAUUUCAUGGUAGGAUUUGUUUUUUAAGAGAAAAGUUCAGUUAGAUUCAUGUGUGGCUAUUCUUGCAAACUGGAUGAGAAGAAGAUGUCAGACACCAGCACAGUCAUGCUCAGACAGUGGGGAUUAAUGGAAAGACUGUUUUUCUAAGGGAAAUUGUUACUUUUUAAUUCUUAGGAAGUUGCAAAAGCUAAGUGCAAGUGUUUCAUAGCACCUCUUGUUCCAUUGCCUACUGUGCAUUUUGGCCAUGAAUUAAAUGGAUGCAGAGUCACUGUGGCUGUGCCAAACAGCUGGUGCUGGAAAACAAAUACAUCCCUGAGAGACAAUGUUUACAAAGUAAAAUCUUGAAUUUUAUUUACCCAUUGUUACCAAGUUUGAGUGAAGCUACUGCUUCACUGCCCAAUUCAAAUCAGACCAAGGGAAGGCAGCCUAGGGGAGCUGCUGAGAGCCCUCCCUGUCCCAUCCGCCUCCUGGGGGCUGCUCUGAGGAACCUGGGAUGGGACAAUGUGCAUGUGAAUCCCACAGGGAGGUGGUGAAACAAACCCUCACUGCUGUCUUUCUGUCCCUGGGGCUUUCCUGUCUCGCCAGCCCCUUUGCUGGGGGCAGGAACACAAGGUACAAUUUCUCUCACUGUGCUUCUAAAGCCCUGCUUGGGCUCUGUGGGGCACUUUGAAUGUGCAGUGUCUGGGCAAAGGGUUAGAUUUAGUUCAGAAUCACAGGACGUUCUCAGGUAUUUGCAAGCAAAAGAAAGUAAUAACUUCAGUAGCUAUUUAAAUGCUAGCAGUAAAUUUUUAUGUUAAAAUUUUAUUGUCUCAGACAACAGGAGUGGUUGGGCUUCCUCAAAACCAGAAUUUCAAGCCCUCUUUGACAAUGGGGAACUUAAACUGCUCAUCUGAGCUCAAAACAUCCUGUGCUAUGCUCCAGAAGCAAAAGCUACAAUUGUGAGGAUGUGUAUUUACCCUUUUUAUUUGGAUACCUUUGUCUGUAUCGGUUGAUACCAUGUGAGUGCUGCAGAAAAUACAGUGAAGGUGCUGAGUCUUUGAAAGAUGAUAGAGGCUUAGUCCAGAUAAGCCCAGGGUGCUUGUUCACUUAUGGAAAAAUAAAAAAUGCAAACAUUAA